GGAGCCCAUACACAUCCACUCCACCGCCUAUCAAACAUGGUCACGGUUUCUCCACUUCUUUCUCUCCUCAACUGUCAGUGAACCCGGGGAUCUCGUCCUACUUUGUUUUUUUUUUUGUUUCGACCCCCAUACUCUCCCACACAACGCUCCACUCUGCAGGAAAAAGUUCGCGAAUCCCGUUGAUGGACACGGAACUCUAACCAUUUGUUGCUCUACUCGCUCUGCUCCCCUCCCGUCGUUCGUCCGGUGGGUCGGUGGUUCGGUUCCCUGCUCCGUCGUGUUGUUGUAACCCACGCGUGCGGGAUGCCAUGGCCACCCCGAGCACUCAGCAGCAACUGCAGCAGCAGCAGGAUUACUUCAGGUCCGUCAGCAACGAGUCCACCACGUACAUGAUGGUGCCCGCGGCCGGGCAGAGGGACAGGGAACGCCGCGAAGCCCCCUCCAAGAUGUGGGUGGCGAUGGUGGUGAUCGUGGUGGUCGUUUUGCAGAUCGCGUCCACCACGGGGCUCUUCGUCUACCUGAACAUGUCCAUCUCCCAGGUCCGUAGCGAGGGGGUGACAGAGGAGCUCAAGUGCCUGAGUCUGCUCAACGCCCUGGACAAGAAAGAGGACAUCCCGGAGCAGCUGGCCCAGCUCUUCGGAGAGCCCUGCAUCAAGCUGGCCGAGGGCAUCAAGGCAUACAUCUCCAAGGUCACAGAGAACAUCAUCUCCAAACAAACCUUUAUAGAGGCCAGGACCAUGCCUCGCACCUUCAACGCAUCAGGGUCAAAGUUCAUGACCUCAGUUCCCCAGAGGCCGUCGGCCCACCUCACCCUGAGGGACACCACCUCCCAAGGAUUCCCCCAGAACCCAGUUCUCCACCAAUCCUGUCGUCACGUGGUCCGGUCGUGGGCCAAUCAAAGCUUUGGAGCUCACCUGCACAACAUGACUCUGACCAAUGGCAAGCUGCGAGUUCCCCAGGAUGGGCGGUACUACCUGUACUCCCAGGUGUAUUUCCGGUACCCGUCUCCGGCUGCCAUCGAUGGGGACCAGCGUAGCGUCAGCCACCAGCUGGUCCAGUGCGUCUACAAGAAGACCUCCUACCCCAGCCCCAUACAGCUGCUGAAGGGCGUGGGUACCAAGUGCUGGGCCCCUGACGCCGAGUACGCGCUGCACUCGGUGUACCAGGGCGGUCUGUUCGAGCUCCGGGCCGGCGACGAGCUGUUCGUCUCCGUCUCCUCCCCCACCAUGGUCAACGCCGACGACUCCUCCAGCUACUUUGGGGCCUUCCGCCUCGACCUCUGAGAGGGGCGCGACGGGUCCAUGGAUUGGUCUAUGGAUGGAUGGAUGGAUGGAUGGAUGGAUGGAUGGAUGGAUGGAUGGAUGGAUGGGUGAAUGAAUGGAUGGAUGGAUGGA